AUGACAGAGAACCUGGUCGCGAUAGAACUGCGUAAGCUCGAGAUGAAGUUCGACAAACCGAUAUUCGUGGCUGUUCCUAACAUAACUUCCAUCACCAUAAGUCGUAAUAAGAUAUAUCCUUAUAUUAAUGCGAGCAAGCUGUCAGAGGAUGACUUUCCCGACGUCGAAUUGGUGUUAGGCGCAAGCUCGUUAGCCGGAGAUGCUUCCGGCAGCUAUCGUAGUCUUUUAGGAUUAACAAACGAAUUUUACAUGGAAGUUUACAGCGAUUACAAGGACUUUGAUAGCUUUAUGAUCGUACCUGUGCUUCUGCAACCUAAGAGUCGCGGUAGACUCACUUUGAGAAGCAGCGAUCCAUGGGACUCGCCGAUUGUGGACACCAAUUAUUACGGUCACGAGGAUGAUCUGAAUACAAUGGUGCAAGCUAUAAAGAUCGCGAUUGAAGUAGCUUCCACGAAGGCGUUCAAGCGUUUCAACACUAUGAUGCUGCCAGUACCGUUUCCGGGAUGCAAGCACGUCGCUUUUAAGAGCGACGCAUACUGGGCUUGCGUCUCCCGUCACGUGUCGACGACUCUGGGUCACUACGUGGGCACGUGCAGAAUGAGCACUCGGAAGAAUUCGGGAGUGGUGGACCACAGGCUGCGGGUGCACGGCAUCGACGGUCUCAGGGUCGUGGACGCCAGCGUGAUGCCGACUAUAAUCGCUGGUCACACGAACGCACCGGUGUACAUGAUCGCCGAGAAGGCCAGUGACAUGAUUAAGGAGAACUGGAAAGGUUCCGCUUCAUGAAAUGUGUGGGAAGCGGGAGGAAGUAGAGAUGCUACGACGCGUGAAACGUGGGACGCGCGAUUGCGAAAGCAUGAUAAAGUAGAGAAUUUUCUUUUAUCUGUAGAGGCGAGA